AUGCGGUUUACGAAUAUUGUUAAGGAAUACUUGAUAAAUUCCACCUUUCACGGAGUAAAAUUUAUUGCUGAUGAUUCUUACCAUGUAUCAGAACGCAUUUUCUGGAUUGCAUGUGUUAUAAUUUCUUGGGUUGGUUCUGCAUUUCUCAUUGAUGCCUCCCUCGAAGCCUUUCAAACCAGUGCCAUAUCGUUCGUAGUAGAAACAAGUUACCGCGAUUGGAAUACUCGUUUUCCUUCCAUUGUCGUAUGUGAAAUGAGGAACAUGGAACGGAUUCAAGCAAUUGCUGAUAAACUUUGGGGUGAAGAUCAUGACUUCGCAAUGGAGGAGGUUUUAAAUGAGAUUGGAUACUUUCGAGGCGAAUCAUAUCAUACAGUAAACGAAUGUGCGGGAGAAGAUAUGGCAGAGAACUGUUUUUUCGACAACUUCACUGCGUACGCAAAUCUAGUUCGUAGUACAUGUAUGGAAACGUUGGAAGAUUGUUAUUGGAACGAUAAACCAUUUGAUUGCUGCCGAUAUUUCCAACCGAUGGAAACGGAAUUAGGUCUCUGCUACGCAGUUAAUUCAUUGCAAACGAGUGCAAAACACCCAGUCAAGUUGAAUAUGAUUUCUAACAAGCACACGGGACCAGGUAAGCUAACAAUUACAGUUCUCACUGAAGCGUACGUGUAUACGAUUGGAGAAGAAGAGGUACCAAAUUUGAUCACUCCAAAGUCGGACGUUCUUCUCGUCGACCACUAUAUUGCCUAUAAACGACACAUUUCGAUAAAGGAUAUCGAAAAUGAUCCAGAAGCAAAACAAGUCAGCGUGGCGCAACGCAAAUGUCGAUUUCCUGACGAAAACAAUCUCAACGUUCAUCGGUAUUACAGCUAUAGUGCAUGCUCGGUUCAGUGCCGAAAGGACAAGCAAAUAAAAAUUUGCAAUUGCACAAGCCAUCUAAUGCCCAAUACAGAUCCUUAUUUAAAGUGCAACAUGUCUGGACUAAUUUGCCUCAACGAGCAUUACGAAGAUCUUACUAUUGUAAUUCCCAAAUGGUCGAUAGGACGUAAAGGCGUCGUCUGUGAUUGUUUACCUUCGUGUACCGAAGUAGACAUAGGAAUCGUACAUGAUUCCCGAGAGAGUAUAUUUGACUCUGACCGUCGCUACUCUACGAUUGAGAUUCAAUUAUCUGCACUACCAACAGAGCGAUAUAAAAGGAAUGUUGUUCGCGGAAGGCUUGAUUUAGUCGUAUCAGUCGGAGGCACUACAGGACUUUUCGUUGGAGCUAGUUUAUUGUCGUUUGUGGAGAUUUUUUAUUAUUUUACCAUUCGACCCUAUGGAACACGAUUUUUAGUUAAUGUUCAACCAUUAACAAGGUAA